AUGGCAAAGCUAAACAUCAACUCCACCGUUCGCCUGAACUCAGGAUAUGAAAUUCCGCUUCUCGGGUACGGAGUCUACCAAACGCCUAUGGACAUUGCCGAAGAAGUGACUGCACACGCAGUCAAGAGCGGCUACCGUCAUGCCGACUCCGCAGCCGCGUAUCGCAAUGAGGCACCCACGGCAGCAGGUCUGCUCAAAGGAAAUCUCCCUCGCUCAGAGCUGUUCUUUACUUCGAAGGUUCCUCCCAAGGCCAUCAACUAUGACGCUGCUAAAGCUGUUGUUGACGAAUCACUCCGCCUGACCGGUUUGGGUUAUAUUGAUUUGUAUCUAUUGCAUGCGCCGUAUGGUGGCAAGGAGAAUAGACUAGGUGCCUGGAAGGCUUUAGUCGAGGCCGUUGAGGCCGGAAAGGUGAGAAGUAUCGGCGUGAGCAACUACGGUGUCCACCAUCUUGAAGAGCUCGAGGAGUGGAUCAAGCAGACUGAGGAGAAGGAGGGUAAGGGCAAAGGUGGUGUGUUGAGUGUCAACCAGGUCGAGUUGCAUCCUUGGUUGGCCAGAGACGACAUUGUAGAAUGGUGCAAGAAGAGAGGUAUUGUCAUGGAGGCAUACUGUCCUCUGGUUCGCGCAACCAAGAUUGAUGAUCCUCUUCUGACACCUCUUGCGAAGAAGUAUAACAAGACAACCUCGCAAAUUCUGCUCCGCUGGGGUCUGCAAAAAAACUUUGUUAUCCUGCCAAAAUCGGUUACACCUUCUCGUAUCGAGGAGAACAGAGACAUAUACGACUUCGAGCUCUCCGAAGAAGAUAUGGAGACGUUGAAUUUAGGAAGCUAUGAACCAUGCUCUUGGGACCCCACGGUAUCCAAAGAUUGA